AUGGCAAGCUCAUCCCCUGUCAAAUUCGUUUACGGUUUGUUUAUAAUCAUUGCAUUUAUCUUCACUCUUAUCGCUUUGUUCACACCUGCGUGGAGAUCAUAUAAGGGUGACGGAGCUCCUACUUUCGGCGUUGUAACCAGAGACUGUGGUCAUGGAUACAGAAAAGUCUUUGAUUGGGACUGUCAGAAAUGGGCGACGAAGUACCCGUUCGAAAAAAUAACACUUGCUCUUUUGAUUCUGGCUUUGUUUUUCGAAAUAAUGGCAAUAGGAUGCUUUUUCGGCUUACUUUCGCCAAGGUUACGCCUGCAAAUGCCAGCCAUAAGUCUUAGUUUCCUUGCUUUCAUCAGUCUUUUUGCCGCCAUAAUCAUAUACGCAGUUCGCAAUGAGAAGAAAACAGCUUACCUAUUAUCUCAAACCUAUGAACUGUUAGCCGAUACCUCGCUUGGCUAUAGCUAUUGGCUAGCUCUCAUCGCAACCCUUUUCGCGUUCUUGGCAACAGCUUCGGCAGGUGGAGUUGUCUCGAAGAUGACAGCAGUGGAAUGA